UAUUGAGUUUGUGUCCGAUGAAGAAUAAGUUAUUGAAAAUUAUGGAGAAGUAGAAUAAAUGUGAUAUUUUAUUAGUUGUAUAAUUUUGAACUCAUUUUAAAUUUGAUAUUAUUGUGUUGGAGUUAUAGUAUGUGAUUUAUUCUGUAAUUUAUGUUGAUACCAUGGAAUCCGUCUAGCGGCGCCUAAUCCCCGCUUAGAUGGCCUUGGCACUAGGCGCUAGUCUAACUCCCGACUAGCACCUAACAAAUUUUAGAACUUGCCAACAUUAUUGACUCUGUUGGGAAAAAAUAGAAAUAAACUAAAGUAUGGAUCUGGUGCAUUAUCUCAUCGACAUGAAGGCGUAGAGCAAUGUUGUCAAAAUCGCGAGUCGGAACGUAGAAUCGCACGAUUCUACGCGUUUUUGGUGGCCUUCUGCGUUGCGUGCCCAGGCGGAAGCGGAAUCGGGUGGAAUCAUGCAGAAUCGCGUGGAAGCGUAGCGGAAAUCGUAGACUCGUAAGAGUCCAGCGAUUCUACGCGAAAUGUCCGCUGGUUUUCCAAGACCGGAAGGUCGAUCGCAGCGAUCGAUCAAACACGGGUCCAAGAAACCCUAACUUUCCUAAGUCGCGUCACGAGCCAUCGUCGCCGCAACUGCUGUGCUUCGUUCUUCUUCAGCAACCAUCGUCUCCUUCACGUACGCGUCUGUCUCCUCCUCCCUGUGCGUCCGAUGUGCGUUGACCGGCACUGUGACUGACUUCGAUUAAAGGUACGCCACCAUCCGCCUCUGUCCCUUCUCCAUCUAUCUCAUCUGUGGGUCUCUGUUCUUUACUUCUUUGGCCGUCUCUGUCCCGUCUGCAUCUCUGAAGGCUGUUGGCCACGUCUGUGGUUCGCGAGCUGCUGUUGCAGAGUUGCAGUGUCGUUGGUGAAGCUGAAGCUGCGUGGUGGUGUUCUUGUUCUUCUUUAAUUUCACGAAAAUGAGUACAGAAGCUAGUGUUGGUGGGUCUGGUGAAGCAAACUCCAAUAGUGGUGCAGCCACUCCAAGCGUAGCUUCCACAACUAGUGGAACUUCAGAUUCCAAAAGAUUGGCAGUGAAUGCUCCUGGAAAUAGAUCUGAUCCAGGUUGGAAACAUGGAAUUGCAGUUGAUGAAAAUCCAAAGAAAGUGCAAUGCAAAUACUGUCAAAAGGUGAUAAAUGGAGGGAUUUAUAGACUCAAGCAUCAUUUGGCAGGAACACAAAAGGAUGUUGGAGCAUGCAAGGCUGUUAGUGAUGAUGUAAGGAAGGAAAUGUGGAAAAUUGUAUCCUCAUUGCAAGAAAAUUUAAUAAAGAGGGCAAAGGAGAUUGAAGGAAGAUCAAGUGAUUCAAGUCCUCUUGGCUAAUAUGAAGAUGAGGAGGUGGAGGGUGCAAAAAGACAAAGGCGAGAAAUUGCAAAGAAUCCUGCUGAUCUAUUCAAGAAAAGGGGUGUGAGUAGUCAAACUACCAUCAAUGGCAUUUUCAAGAAGAAUUUGAGGGAGGAAGCUUGCCAAGGGAUUGCCUCUUUUUUCUACAAUAAUGCUAUACCUUUUCAUGUGGCAAAAAGUGAUGAAUUCAAGAAGAUGCUAGACUUGGUUGCAAGACAUGGUAUUGGCUUUAAGCCUCCAUCCUACCAUGAGAUUAGAGUCAAGUAUUUGAAACAACAAGUUGAUUGCACCAAAGAAGUUAUAGAGCAGCACAGAUAAGAGGAGGAGGACUAUAUUAAACUUCUUGGUUAAUAGUCCUAUGGGAACCAUUUUUUUGAAGUCAAUUGAUGCAUCUGAUAUAUCUAAAACAGCUGACAAGAUUUUCAAGUUGAUGGAUGAAAUUGUUGAAGAAGUUGGUGAAGAGAAUGUAGUGCAAAUUGUCACAGACAAUGCAGCAAACUACAAAGCAGCCGAGGAGAUGUUGAUGGGGAAGAGAAAGAGGCUAUAUUGGACGCCUUGUGCAGCUCAUUGCAUCGAUUUAAUGUUGGAGGAUUUUGAAAAAAAGAUACCAAUACAUAAAGAGACAAUUGCACGAGGUAAAAAGAUCACAACUUACAUCUAUUCAAGGACUGCGCUUAUUUCUCUAGUGCAUCAUUUUACCAAAGAAAAGGAUUUGAUUAGACCAGCCACUACCCGUUUUGCCACAUCUUACUUGACUUUGGGUUGCUUGAAUGACAAUAAGGGAGCAUUGAUUAGAAUGUUUACAUCCAAAGAAUGGAAAUCUAGUCAAUUUGCAAAGACUAAAGAUGGAAAGGUUAUUGAAAAUGUGGUAAUGGAUAAGGACUUCUGGAAAAGCAUUAUUACAUGCUUGAGGAGUGCUUAUCCUUUGAUUAAAGUCCUUCGUUUGGUAGACUCAGAUGAGAAGCCUGCCAUGGGGUUCAUUUAUGAGGAAAUGGACCGGGCCAAAGAAAAGAUACAAGCUGCCUUUAAUGGUAUUAAGAAAAGUUACUUGCCUCUAUGGGAAAUUAUAGAUGCAAGAUGGGAUAAUCAACUGCAUCGGCCUUUGCAUGCUGCGGGCUAUUACCUUAACCCUCAAUUUCAUUACAGUCCUAAUUUUAAAGCUGACUUUGAAGUGAAAAGAGGAAUAUAUGAUUGUCUACAAAGGAUGGUUGAAAGUAUGGAAGAAGUAAAGAAGAUUGAUGCUCAACUGGAAGACUUCAAAUAUCCAAAGAAAUUCUUUGGUAGUGCAGUAGCCACUUGUGGAAUUGAAACCAAAACUCCAGCACAAUGGUGGGAAUCAUAUGGUUAUGAACAUCCUGAGUUGCAAAAGUUUGCUAUUCGUGUUUUGAGCUUGACAUGCAGCUCAUCUGGCUGUGAGAGGAAUUGGAGUGCAUUUGAGAUGGUCCACACUAAGAGAAGAAAUCGUUUGAAGGCAAAAACGAUGAAUGACGUAGUCUUUGUGAUGGCUAAUUCAAAAUUAGCCAAGAAGAAGGAAUUGAGGAAAGUCAAUGACUAUAGCAUUGAUGACCUAGCUUCUUAUGAUGAUUGGAUUGUGGAUGAUAGUGAAAAUUUAGAUUUGGAUGCUUCAAAUGAAGAUUUGGUUCCAGUUGAAGAAGACCUAGUAGUGGAGCACCUCAUGAUGAUUUGGAACUGCCUAGUUAUGAUGAUGAUGAUGAAGUUGAAGAAGGUGGAGAUGCCAUGGAGGAUGCUGGAGAUGAAGAACACAUGGAGGAUGAUUAUGAAUUCAUGAAUUUAUGAAGCUUAGAACUUGACUAUUAUUUUUCAUGUUGUAGACUUAUAUGUUAUCUAAAAUUUGUGACUUAUGACUUUUUUUAUGUGUGGAUUGUAGAAGA